UUUUUUAAACACACACCGGGUUUGGAUUCGGACUCGCAGGGUCUCAGUUCCAGCCCAGGAUAUCAAGUAUCUUCUACGUAAACCGAUUAACACGUAAGCUUUAACCUGGCUGAGUCUUCCUAUUCUUCAAUGCACCUAUUCAUCUUACUACAUUCCUUGCCUUUUAUGCUUGUUUCUUAUGGACGGGAACCCGCCUAACUCUAAGAAAUUUUGGUGUAACUAGGUGCACGGUUCUGAGAAGCUAACUCACGCUACCUAUCCAUCAUGAAGUUCUUGUGUCUACCAGGCGCCUAUGGAAGCGCUGAUAAAUUCCAAGUUCAACUAGCGCCGCUAGUGAACGAGAUGAUGUCCGAUGGUUCUGCCUCAUUUCGUUUCGUUGAUGCUCCGUGCGAAGCCGUCCCUCCGGAGGGAUUCGAAGACUUCUUCGGAAAACCUCCAUACUACCGAUUCAUCGAACCCGAUGAUAAAGAAUCAAAAGACACCGAUGUCUUGUCUCGAAUUCGAGAUUUCCCCGAAUGCGAUACUGCUGAGGACACGAUGCGAGAACUCAUGAAAGAAGGCGUUGCUAGUAGUGUUCUCAGCACGAAUCGCGCUAUCCAAUACCUGUUUGAAAUCUGUGAGAAAGAAGGCCCGUUCGAAGGAAUCAUCGGAUAUUCAGAGGGGGCUACUGUCGCUUCAACUUUUCUUCUCGCCGAGCAGAAAAGAUUUGAAGAUACCGGCAGACUUCCUCAGAUCAAGUGUGGCGUCUUUUUUGCCGGUUGGCCGCCUCUAGACCCCUCCACCUUCGCCAUGGUUCUCUCAGAUGAGUCUGAUCUCAUGAUCAAUAUUCACACCUGUCACAUUAUUGGUUCCCUUGACCCGUAUGUUGCGGGUUCGAUGGCUCUCUACAACACUUGCGAACCUGACACGGCAUACAUUUUCGACCAUGGUAAAGGACACACUCUUCCCAGAGAAAAAGGUGUGAUCAAGGAGUUAGGGGAUGUUAUCCGUACGAUGAUGGAGGAGGCGUCAGCAUAGACACAUUUUUAGAUGAUAGAAUUCGCCGUAGACUCCUUUACUUGUGGUUUUCUCUCCCGAGUCCGGUUUUCUGUAUAUAAAACUUACUACAUGCAGAAAGGGUUCCUACCUACCUAGAUACAACAAUAUAAUUACCGACGCUUGCAUAA